CAUUAGGAUGGGUUUCAGAGAUGAAGCAGCUGGAUACUUCCACAAGGCAGUGAAGCUUAACCCUGAUUUUGCUGACGCAAAGGAGAAUUUUUACCGUGUUGCGAACUGGCUGGUGGAACGCUGGCAUUUCAUCAUGCUCAACGACUCCAAAAGGAACCUGACUUACCUGAAAGCCAUCCAGAAGGCUGUUCACUCAGGCUGCAAAUCUGUCCUUGAUAUUGGAACAGGAACAGGAAUUCUGAGUAUGUUUGCAAAAAAGGCAGGAGCAUCCUCUGUCUAUGCCUGUGAGCUGUCAAAAACCAUGUAUGAACUUGCCCGGGAUGUGGUGGCAGCAAAUAACAUGGAAAGAGAGAUCAAACUUCUGCAUCUGAAGUCACUUGAUAUAGAAAUUCCAAGGCACAUGCCUGAAAGAGUGUCCUUGGUCGUCACAGAAACAGUUGAUGCUGGUUUGUUUGGGGAAGGCAUUGUAGAGAGCUUGAUACAUGCUUGGGAGCAUCUCCUUCUCCAGCCAAAGCCCAAAAAUCAAGAUGUCAGUGCUGGAGACUAUGGCAGAGUUAUUCCUGCAAGUGCUACAGUGUUUGGAAUGGCAGUAGAAUGCCAAGAGAUACGUAGACAUCACAGGGUGGAAGCACAAGAAGUUGCUGGUGUGUGCUUGCCAAAUGCAGUGCAGUUCUUCAGUCCAACUUAUGCUUGGGCUGGCUCAGAGGAAACUGUUGAACCUUACACCACCGAGAAGCUCAGUCGUGUGCCUGGAGGUUACACCCCCCUGACAGAACCCUGCCAAGUCAUGACAGUAGAUUUCAAUGAUCUGCAGGAGCUGAAAAGCCUUGCAGCCAGAAAGCCAUGGAAGCUCAGCCUGCCAGUCACUAAAGGAGGAAUAUUAGAUGCUGUUGUGGUGUGGUUUGUGCUACAGCUUGAUGAUGAGCAUGCUCUGUCUACAAGCCCUAGUGAAGAGACUUGCUGGGAACAGGCAGUCUACCCUGUGCAGGGCCACCUUGAUCAUUCUGUGAAGACUGGAGAUGCUGUGGUGAUGGAGGUGUGCUGCCAAGACUGCUACCUGAAGAUCCAGAAGAUUUCUUCUUUGCCUUCAGAGUGUGGGAUGGACUUCAGUGACAGAGGUGACCUGCUGAGUUUGGGCAAUGAGGCUGAGUUGUGUAAUGCUCUGGCUGGUCUGCAGACAACCAGCAACCAGGAUGGCAGCAGUCAAGUGUGUGUGUUGGAAUCUACAGAAAUAGCCCUGCUGAAUGAUGUCUCCUACCAUGAAUGCUUUAAAGCUGCCAUGGGCAAAGUGCUGCUCUCCCUAAAUCCGAGUAAGGACUUGCAGUCCAUGGACGUUGAUGGACUUGGCAGCGAGAUGAACUUCCCAGAGAGUCCAAACAAGAGCUCUCCAGAUGAGAUUCCUGAUCCUCUCUACAUUUUAGAUGUAUCUGAAGGCUUCUCCAUCCUGCCAAUUAUAGCUGGCAAACUCGGACCAGUCAGAGCCUACAGUUCUGUUGAGAAGGAACAGCAUCAGGCAGCCCUUAAUGUCAUUGCAGAAGCUAACCAGUUCCCUAAGGAAACCUUAGAGUUUUGGCUCAGCCACUUAGAAGAUGAAAGUGUUCUGCUACAGAGGCCCAAAUCAGACAAACUGUGGAGUAUCAUUAUCUUGGAUGUUAUAGAGACAUCAGGUUUAAUCCAGCAGGAGGUGAUGGAAAAAGCUGCAAUAUCCAGAUGUCUGCUUCACAGUGGAGGGAAGAUUUUCCCACAGUAUGUGUUGGUCUAUGGGAUGCUUGUAGAGUCAGAGUCUCUGCUACUGGAGAGUGCUGUCCAAGGAUCAGAACCAACUCUGGGCUUUCAUGUAGCCCCUUUCAUCAACCAGUUCAAGGUACCUGUUCGUGUGUAUUUGGAUCUCUCCACAUUACCCUGUCUACCCUUGAGUGAGCCAGCAGAGCUUUUAAGGUUAGAUCUCAUGAACCCUCUGCUCAACAGCUCCAGCAGGGAAGUGAAGGUACAGGUUUGCAAGUCUGGCCGAGUCACUGCAAUUCCCUUCUGGUAUCACAUCCAUCUAGAUGAAGACCACAGCUUGAAUACAUCUGAUGAGUCAUCCCACUGGAAACAAGCUGCAGUUGUUCUGGAUGAGCCCCUCCCCGUGGAGGUUGGAGAUGAACUGGUGCUGGAGGUUCAGCACCACAAAAGCAAUCUCAGCAUCACAGUCAAGCGGUGACCCCCAGGGUGGUGCAGCACCGGUGCGGGACCUGACUCUUCCCACCACCACUGCUUGUCCUUUAUAUUAAAAGCUUACAUUUUAUCUACAGCUCCAAGAGGCUGUUUUGUGGCUUUCAGAGUAGAUACUUGAGUUCCAUUGAUGUAAGGACUAUAAACCUUGCACUGGCAGGAGGGCAAGAAGCUGAUUGGUAGCUAUUGCAGUGACCACAGCAGUUCUAUUUUCAGUACAAGCCUUGAAAUACUGCAAGGCCAAGCUCUGGUCCCACUUCCACUUAAGCUCCCUCUGUCCCAUGAAGAGGGCAACAUGGUGCUUGCCCUCAGGUUCCUGCAGCAAUCAAACCAAGAGAAG